AUGAAACAGAAAAGCUUGAUGUCGUUCUUCGCUAAGCCAUCCGCGACGACUAGCGCUGCUGCACCGAGCGCGAGCGUGCCCUUUAUGAAACCCAGACUAUCCACAAACAAUGCUCGAGGGCCACCGAGGCCUUUAAAUGAGGCGUUCCCAAGCAGUCCCGCGUUGGACGCGUGUACACCCCGCAAGAGCGAUUCUCAAUCCUCCCGCGUUACCAGUUCUAUGUUCACGAGAAGUUCCGAGGGCGAUCUCAGCGGGAAAGAGACUCCGCCUACGAGCGAUCCUGUCGAUAUUGACAUGUUGUCCGACGAUGGAAGCGAACUUGGCAAGAGGCAUGGGAGGAAACCAAUCAUGUCACGUCUGAAAAGAAAGAUGAUGGUUGAGGAUUCUGAUGAAGAGGCUGAAGAGAUCGCUAUGUCCAUUCAUAAGAAAACCAAACGUGCCUUUCCAAGGACGGCCAGAAAAGGAGCUGCCCAGAAACAUCGUGCUUCUGUCGUAUUAUCUGUUGAUGAUGAAGAAAACAUACCCAGAGUGAGCGCCUUCACUGAGCAAUUGGCACAAUACAAGAAGGCUCCUGCAGCGAAGAGACAACGAAUGAUGGAUGAUGAUGAUGAAUUCAUAGCUCCGGACGAUUUUGAUGACGAUGAAGAUGAGAAUGUCAACCACCGGGCUGCCUCGCGUGCUCCUUCGUCUGCUUCUGGCCCAUCCUCGUCACGAGCAUCAUCGAGGUUAUCUUACUACGCGCACUCCUCUGCCACCUCCGAUGCGGAGUCAGACGCCCCCCUGCGUGCCAAGGCACCGAAGAGACAGGUCGAAGCUUCGGCUCUCAAGAAAGAAGCGAGCUCCAGUGUUUUCUUGACCGCCGCCGAGCAGCGCGCCGAGCAGCAAAAAGCGGGCAAGAAGAGCACCGACGAUUCCUUUUCGUUCCUGCGAGACGUCAGAGACAAAGACGGCGUGCGUCCCGGAAAGCCAGGUUAUGACCCACGCACGUUGUACAUACCCCCCAAAGCGUGGAAAGGCUUCACGCCAUUCGAGAAGCAGUUCUGGGAGAUCAAACAGAACCAUUUCGACACCGUGCUGUUCUUCCAGAAAGGCAAGUUUCUAGAGCUGUACGAGGAGGAUGCUAGGAUUGGCCAUCGCGAGUUUGAUUUGAAGCUUACCCAGCGAGUGAAGAUGAGCAUGGUCGGUGUUCCGGAAAUGUCUUUCAAUUUCUGGGCGGCAAAGUUCCUUGCCAAGGGCUACAAGGUCGGCCGUGUGGACCAAGCGGAGACCGCACUAGGGGCUGAGAUGCGCCUCGCUGCGGACAAGAAGAGUGGUAAAGGAAAGUCUGCGGUGGAAGACAAGGGGAAGGACAAGAUCGUCCGUCGCGAGCUCAAUAAAGUGUACACCAAUGGAACCCUCGUCGACCCAGAACUGCUCACGGACGAGCAGGCCGGCCACUGCGUCUCGAUUCGGGAGGAAGAGUCCGAUAAUGAGAAGGACGGGAAGCAGACGUUUGGUAUAUGCGUCUUGGACAGCGCGACGAGCGAGUUCAAUUUGAGUGCCUUCGAGGAUGAUGUGUGCAGGACGAAACUGGAGACAUUGAUACGCCAGCUGCGGCCAAAGGAAAUCAUCUUCACGAAGGGCAAUCUAUCUGUGUCGACGACGAGGCUGCUUAAGGCCAUUCUUCCCGGAAGCUGUCUGUGGACGAGCCUGCGUGAGAGCGAAGGCCUGACCUACGAGAUGACGCUGAAGGAACUCAAGAAGCUCUACCCUGCAUCUGAUGAGGAUGACAAUAUGGAGGACGCAGGCCAUGGGCUGAGCACUGCCGUUCCGGAGGCUAUCCGUGAGAUGGUGAGCUACAGAGGAGCAAUUGAGGCACUGGGCUCUAUGAUUUGGUACUUGAAUACUCUGAAUAUUGACAAGGACAUAUUGAGCAUGAAGAACUUCAACGUGUAUGAUCCGAUGAAGCGUGGCCAGGGCCUCGUUCUCGACGGGCAGACAUUAGCGCAUAUUGAAGUUCUGCUCAAUAACGAAGGCACGGAAGAGGGCUCGCUGCUGAAGCUGCUGUCUCGAUGCAUCACACCAUCUGGCAAGCGACUAUUUCGCAUAUGGCUCUGUAUGCCUCUGCGAGAGGUGUCCGACAUCAAUGCACGGCUCGAUGCUGUGCAAGACCUCAUGGACCAUCCAACGUUCGAGCAUGAGUUUACCAAGGUCGCCAAAGGUCUUCCGGACCUCGAGCGGAUUGUGUCCCGCAUUCAUGCGAAGAACUGCAAAGUGAAGGACUUCCUCAAGGUGUUGACGGCCUUCAAGAGACUGAGCACAGGACUUUCCGAACUCUCAAGUACCUCAGAGUCCUUCGAGUCAAAAACUGUGCUCGGGUUGCUGCGGUCUGCCCCCAAUCUGCUGCCGAACCUGAAGCAUAUCAGGUCUAUGUUCAAGGAGCCUGAUUCAGAGAGUGUGAACGAGCUGAUGCCUGAGGAUGGCAAGGACGCGGUAUAUGACGAGAUUAUGGAAGAGAUACGUAGCCUUGAAGAAGACCUGGAAAAGGAGCUUAAGAAGCUUGAGAAGAAGCUCGGGUGCGACCUCAGUUACUGGCACAGCGCUCAAGGCACCAAGGAGAUUUAUCUGGUGCAAACUAAGCCGAGUUUCAAGAACAUUCCCAAAGAUUGGACCAAGAGUGGGAGCACCAAGGCUGUUGUCCGAUGGCUCGUGCCGUCCUUAGCCCCUACCAUCCGUAAAUUGAAAGAAGCCCGUGAGAAUCGGAACACAGCCAUCAAAGAGUUCAAGGGCAGGCUAUACGCCGAGUUCGACACUGAUCGGAGCGUAUGGCUACGCGCGAUCCGCGUGCUCGCAGAGCUCGACUGUCUCUUCAGUCUGGCGAAGUCAUCAAGUGCGCUUGGUGAGCCGUCGUGCAGACCGGAGCUCGUGGAGGGCGACGCGGCGUUUGUCGAGUUCGAGGAGCUGAGGCACCCGUCACUUUGUGUGAGUACGGGGUUGAAGGGCGACUUCAUACCGAAUGAUGUCAAGCUUGGGGGAGAUGUGGGGAGGAUCGCGUUGCUCACAGGUACUGGCAAGUCGACGGCGAUGCGUAUGACUGCUACGGGCGUGAUUAUGGCUCAACUUGGAAUGCUGGUGCCCGCUCGAAAGGCUAAAUUAUGCCCUGUUGACUCCAUCCUGACGCGUAUGGGUGCAUACGAUAACAUGUUCUCAAAUGCUAGUACCUUCAAAGUGGAACUGGAUGAAUGUUGCAAGAUUCUUCGUGAUGGGACUCCCAAGUCCCUUGUCAUUUUGGAUGAACUGGGAAGAGGCACUUCGACAUAUGAUGGGAUGGCGAUUGCAGGAGCUGUUCUCCACCAACUCGCGACGCACACUCUCGCCCUUUCCUUCUUCGCGACUCACUACGGAUCGUUGACUGACGACUUUGCAUAUCACCCGAACAUCCGCAACAUGCACAUGGAGACGAUGGUGGACGAUGAAAAGCGAGAGCUCAUCUUCCUCUACAAACUGGUCGAGGGUGUAGCAUCUUCCUCGUUUGGUACCCAUGUCGCGAGCUUGGCUGGAGUGCCCACUGACGUCGUUGAGCGCGCCGACGUUAUUUCGACGGAUUUUGCCGCGAAGUUCAAGGAAAAGAUCGAGGGUAAGAAGAGCCGGGCAUCCGGAAGGUUACCACUCGUCGCACAAGCAGACUUCGCAUAUCUGUAUGGGCUGGCCACUGGCAAGUACGAGAUGCCGGAGAACAGGAUGCGGCAGAAGGAUGUGCUCAAGAUCUUGAAGGGGGCCGUGCAAAACUACCUUGGAACGGAUGGCUCCACGUAG